AUGACUGGCCGUGGAAAGGGUGGCAAGGGCCUUGGAAAGGGUGGUGCCAAACGUCACCGAAAGAUUCUUCGUGACAACAUCCAGGGUAUUACCAAGCCUGCUAUUCGUCGUCUUGCCCGCCGUGGUGGUGUCAAGCGUAUCUCUGCCAUGAUCUACGAAGAAACCCGCAGUGUCUUGAAGACCUUCCUUGAAGGUGUAAUCCGCGAUGCUGUCACAUACACUGAGCACGCUAAGAGAAAGACCGUCACAUCUUUGGAUGUUGUCUACGCCCUCAAGCGUCAAGGACGCACUCUCUACGGUUUCGGUGGUUAA